AUGGGUCUGGGAGUGCUGGAUACGAAGACCGAGCAGGUGCCUGGUACCUCCAACAUCUACGAGCAAGACCACGGUUCAAGCGAUCAGGUGCCCCGUAUUUCGCAUCUCAAGUAUGACCGCACCGGUAAAGUGCCGACUAUUCUCGUGCCACAACCGAGCGAUGAUCCCAACGACCCACUGAAUUGGCCAUUAUGGAGGCGCGACCUCAUUCUGGGCAUUCUGUCCUUCGUGACAGUGCUCUGCACUACGCUCAGCUCCAUCAUGGCUGCCAAUACCGUCACUAUCGCAGACUAUGAGAAUAUUACAUUCGAAGCGGCUGCACUGUUGACCGGGUAUCACCUGUGCGGCGUGGGUGUUGCCGGGAUUCUUAUCGUUCCUACAGCGCGUGUCUGGGGCAAGCGUCACCUUUUCCUUCUCGGGCACGUCUUGAUGAUUGUGAGUUGUAUAUGGGCUGGUGCCAGUGGGACAAAUGAGGCUAGCCUUUUGUGGGCUCGUGUCUUCCAGGGAGUCGCUCUGGCGCCAUUUGAAGCACUAGUCAAUGCCUGUGUCGGUGAUCUAUACUUUGUCCAUGAGCGAGGAAAGCGGAUGGCAGUGUCCAACGUGGCUCUGUUCGGCGCUGCCUUUUUGACCCCGGUCUUCGUCGGAAAAAUCAGCAAGUCUCUCGGCUGGCAGUGGUCCUUCUAUUUCGUGGCAAUAUUCCUUGCAGCCUCGCUUCCGCUUAUGAUUGUGUUCGUGCCGGAGACUGCGUACCGGCGCCCGGACUAUCUCAACACGGACUUCAAACAUAAGCGGGACCAUGCCGAGUCGACAAACUCGGAUAUACCAUCUGAUUACAACCCCAAUGAAGAAUCUAAAGCAUUCGUCCCAGGAGUCGGAGAGCAUGGGACUUCUCGAACUGAAGUUUCUGCGGAAACCAUUCCAGAGAAAGACUCUCUUAUGAAAUCUAUGAGGCUCUUCAAUGGACGAAAGACAGAUGAGAACUUCUUCAAGCUGCUUUUGCGCCCGUUUCCUCUCUUUUUCUUCCAUCCAGGAAUCAUGUUUGCUUGUUUGAUCCAAGGUGUCGUUAUUGGCUGGGCCGUGUUUAUCGGUGUCGUUUUAGCAAUUGUCUUCCUCGGUCCGCCACUAUGGUUCGAAGAAGACAAGACAGGAUAUCUGUAUACUGGAGCUUUUAUAGGGGCUAUGAUCGGCCUGGUGCUCUCGGCUGUUCUCACUGACUUCAUGACCAAGACCAUGAUCAGACUUAACCGCGGCAAAUAUGAGCCAGAGUUCCGCCUGCUAUUGGUGGCGUUCCAACUCAUCUUUGCCUGUAUGGGUCUUUACGGGUUCGGUUGGACAGCCAGUGAUGUGACAAAAUAUCACUGGCUACUGCCUGAUGUGUUCUUUGCGUUUUUGAUCAUCGGCAUGGUGAUGGGCGCAGUCGCUGCCUCGCUUUAUAUCGUCGAUGCCCAUCGUGAGAUCGCCGUUGAGGCAUUUACUUGCCUACUUGUUUUCAAGAACAUGUUCAGCUUUAUUCUGACCUUUUAUGCCUACGACUGGUUUGCUCAUGGCGGUAUCAAACACACCAUGAUAGUCAUCGGCAGCAUUCAAGUUGGCAUCUGUGCCUUGAGUGUUCCUAUGUAUGUCUUCGGAAAGUGGAAUAGGCUGCUCGUUGCACGGUAUGAUAUUCUCGAAAUCCUGCACCUCUGGUGA